GCAGACCCCGCUGCUCGCCAGGCGAGCUGCCGCGCUUUGACCUGCCGGGUCCUCCGCCCGCUCGCAGUCAGAGCCGCCCCGCCGCUGGUCAGCCCACGCCUGUCGGAGGACGCUCGUGCACAAUGGAGAGGUACAGGGGCCGUGUUGCCGUUAUCACCGGCGUCAGCUCCGGCAUCGGUGAAGCCCUGGUCCGGGCCCUGGUCCAGGCAGGGGUCAGAGUCGCCGGCUGUGCUCGCAGCUCGGAGAAACUGCAGACGCUGAAGCAGUCCUUGGGGACUGACCAGGCCCGGUUCCUCGCGGUGACCUGCGACCUGGCCCAAGAGGACCAGGUGCGAGCCUUCUUCAGCCAGGUCGUGGCCGAGUGGGGCUCGGUCGACAUCCUCAUCAACAACGCCGGUCUGGCCUUCAACUCAUCACUUCUUGACGGCACUGUUGAGGAAUGGAGGACGAUGGCAAACAUCAAUAUCGUGGCCCUCUGCUUCUGCACCCAGCUGGCUGUGCAAACUAUGCAGGAGACAGGCGUCACGGACGGCUACAUCAUCCACAUCAACAGCGAAUCGGGUCACAUGCAUCCGGUGCCCUCCAAGUUCCACUUCUACUCGGCCACGAAGCACGCUGUGCGGGCGCUAACCGAGAGCAUGCGGCUGGAGCUGAGCAAGACACUGCCCAGCGCUCGGAUCAGCUCGGUGAGCCCCGGACUUGUGGAGACGCAGUUCCUGGCCAAGAUGUCAGGUCGGCCGGAGCAGCAGCUGAACGUGUUCACCCGCAUGAAGGCGCUACAGGUGGAAGACGUGGUCGAGACCGUGGUGCACCUGCUCGAGACUCCGCUUCAUGUCCAGAUACACGACGUCCUGCUGAGGCCUACUGCACAAACGUCGUGACCACAACGCAGCUGACGGAAAGCGCCUGGAGCGUUUGGACGCAUGAAGCCUGCCGUUGCCUCGAAACCCGAAGUUCAGAAUGUAGCGUUUGAGAAAGUUUCAUCUUGCCUCUCAUGUGGGGUGUCAUGCGCCCGUUUAGUACUCAAGACUGCUUGCGGUGUCCAGCAGGGUAGUAAAUAAACGCAUAUUUUGCACGUGUGGCCGGA